GCAGGGUGUCAGCACAGUUUGGUCCUAUGUGUUCCCAGCAGGGUAUCACCACAGUUUGAUCCCAUGUGUCCCCAGCAGGGUGUCACCACAGUUUGAUCCCAUGUGUCCCCAGCAGUAAGUCACCAGUUUCUGGGCUGCUGUGAACACGUCAGUGGGGUUGUUGAGUGCAAGCCCCGAUCCCUACCCAGAGGAGCCACCACCUACUAUUCCAGAGGCUGGGAUUGUUGUGUCACAGGGUAAAGUACAGGCAGGCUGUCCCUGUCCUGGCGGGUCCGUGUGGCUGACACAGCAGUCCUCGACUUGUCCCUUGUACUGAGCUUGGGCUUAAAACACACCAGGGGAACCACGUCCUAAAACCACCUUCUCUGUUCAACACUCGCUGAGCCAAAGAGACCUGUGCACGUACUGGGGUUUGCAGGAGGUGAAGUGCCUGGCAGAGCACUCAAACCUCCUCCUCUUUGUCCCUCUCAGCCUCCCAGAAGAAUUUAGGUGGGGAAGGACCGCUGGAAGUCACCUAGCCCAAACACCUGCUCAAAGCAGGGCACACAGGGGGCUGCCUCAGUCUGCAUGUCUCAGUGCUGGACACCUAAGGCAGAGUUUAAUCACCCUUGCUGUGAGUUAUAUGUUCCCCUUCCAUCUCGUCGGAGUUUUCCCUGCUGCUUCCCAUCCCCACAGCCGUGCCAGGAGGCUCCUUCCUGAAGAGUGCAGCAUGACAGAGCUCCAUGAAGCCGUGGCUGUGGGCGACUAUGACCUGGUGGAAAAGAUUUUGAAGGCAGGGCACUGCGACCCAAACCAGAAGGAUGCUGACUGGCAUGACAGGACCCCCCUGCACUGGGCUGCUGCCAAAGGGCGGCCGGACCUGCUCAGGCUCCUGGUGGCUCACGGCGCCCGGCCGUGCCUGCGCAGCGCUGUGGGCUGGACCGCCGCUCACUUCGCUGCCGAGGCGGGCGAGCUGCGGGUGCUCCGCGCCCUCCACUCCCUGCACGCCGCUAUGGAUGCUGCCGACCUCUUCGGAGACACUCCCCGGAGGCUCGCGGAGAUCUACGGACACCGGGAGUGCUCCAAAUUCUUGGAAAAAGCAGAGGUGGAAAGUAGGAACUACCACAGGAAAGCUGCACUGAGAAAAAUCCCCUUAGACCAGAGAGAUGAAGACUGGGAGCUCAAGAAAGAAGAUCUUCGGAAAAAUCCACCAUGUUUUUGGGAGAAGUGCACGGCCUCUAUUCAAAAGAAAAACAGGAAGAAAAAGGGGAAGCAGUGGUGAGCCCUGCCUGUUUGGUGCCUCCGAGUGCUUGCAAAGGCACUGGCAGGCCUCAGGUGGAUCUGCAGUGUGAUAUUGGGGAGAAUGGAAGAAGCAGAUGGCUACAUGAGUGCAUCCUUAGAGAUAUACUGUAAACAAUUUCAUUAAGAGCUAGAUGUUCUUCAGCCUCUCUCUGAGUUUCUAUUGUGUGAUC